GCUCGUGCCGUGCAUCGGGGACUGCAGAUGGCGGCGCAUGGGCACCGUCCAUGUGGCUGGUGCAGACACAUUCAGACCCAUUCAACUUAAAUUGGAGCAAGUUCUAUUUUUUAUUACGGUGCAGAGGCACGGAGAGAAACGCCACAAGUGAAUGGGUCCGCAUCCGCGAUCGGCGCACACAGCCGGGGCUUGUAUAUUGUGGAGCCGCUGUUUUCAGGCCACAGUUACCGUGAGCGGAGAUGAGGUGCAGAUCUUCCCAUUAUACCUGAUCUCGGAUAACUGAAGUGUGAACACAGCCUAAUUUUGAGCUCGGGUGCCCAGACUUUUGCCUGCUACAGUACAAGAUGUAUACACGAUGGCUGUGUGUAUAUUAGAGCGCCCCCUGUGUCCUGCACGGAGAGCGCAGCACUAGACUCGGCGAGAGGUUUUCGGUAGUGUUGAGCGAACUUGUGUUAAGUUCGGCGUCAGGUUAUCGAAGAAUCCUGUUAUGGAUUCUAAAUUCCGUUAUUGUCUGUGGUAGCGGAAUCCAUAACGCGAUACUUCGAUAACUGAAACUUUACACGCCAAACUUAAAACACAAGUUCGCUCAUUGCUAGUUUUCGGGGAUCAGGUUCAAUGAGAAUCCACGUUAAAAUGGGAACCGCAGCUGUGGGAAUGACGGCGGCGCGGUCCCGGUGGUUAUCUUGUGUGGAGAAUGGUGAGAUCCUGGAAGAACAUAAGGCGUCGGGGGGGGCAGAGGAGGACAUCAGGAAUGGUGAGAUCCUGGAAGAACAUAAGGCGUCGGGGGGUCAGAGGAGGACAUCAGGAAUGGUAAGAUCCUGGAAGAACAUAAGGCGUCGGGGGGUCAGAGGAGGACAUCAGGAAUGGUGGGGAGUCCGCAGCACACUGACCUGUCCGGACGGUAACAGCAGACCACCUGCUCCACGGGGCAACCAAACAAGACCCCCGAGCAGUGGAGAACAUGGCCUAGUCAGAGGGAUGGCACCGUGUUUAGGAGGACAAGCACUACCAGCAGAUGAAGCCGUCCGGUCAGUAAUGGUGGGGAAGGUUUGGGCCUCAUCCCUCGAUGGCCGCUGUGCACCCUGUGGUCGUAAGGUUCUGGACUGGCUGCAGGAACAGGAUGGACAGUUUUCCUUCUUCCAAGAUCCUUAUCCUAUAGUUCUGGGAUCAGCAACCUUCAGCACUCCACCUGUUGUCAAACUACAACUCCCAGCAUGCAAACUUACUCGGCUGUUCUUAUAAUAUCAUGGAAGUGAAAGGUGGAUUCUGGUAGUUGUAGUAGUUUCAGAACAGCUGGAGCUGCGGAGGUUUCUGAUCCCUGAGCGGAGGGGAGAAGGAUCAUUCACGGCGUGUCAGGACCUCCUUCUAAUGUCCUCAUCACUGUGCCAACAAACGAGGUCCCACGCUGAAUGGGGCUCUAAAAAAGUGCAUAUUCAGUGUAGAGAAAAGUAUGUGGCCCCCGUUCUACAUCCAUAGGCAUUAAUAUAGGGUUGGUCCCCCCUUUGCUCUGCUGGGGAGGCAUGCUAUAAGAUUUUGGGGGGUGUCCCUUUGUCCAGGAGACCCUUUCUGAGGCCAGACCCUGAUGUUGGAGGAGAGGGCCCGGCUCUCAGUCUCUGGGGUCCUGUGCGGCCGGUCAGGUUCUUCCAGACUCCCCCAGCCUUGACUUUAUGGAGGAACAGAAAAGGGUCUUCACCAAACGGUUCCCACAAAGCUGCCACCAUACAAGUGUCCACAAAGUCCUGUCUGCUGAAGAAUUCAGACUCGGGUCCGAGCCCUGAAGACCCCGCAUAGCAUUACCCCCUUUACCAGACUGUGCACCGGGCGCCAUGCAGUCCGGCCGGUAACGUCCUCCUGGCGUUCACCAGACUCGACCAUCAGAAGCCAGAUAGAGAAGUGAUUGGUGACCGCACAGAAGCCGUCUCCAGAGUCCAGCGGUGGUGGCUUUACCCCCCCAAUCUCUGAUGGAAGCCUGGCAUGCAGCGGCCAUGGACUCCCAUGUCAUGAAGCCCUCGACGCAGCUUUUUGAGAUCUGUUUGCAGAACUGUGACUGCAGCUCUGGCUGUGACUGGAGUAGCAGUGAAGAUGUAGCUUGAUCCUUGGUUGAAGCUUCACUUUCCAUGAGCCGCCAGAUCCAGGGUCACAUGCUGAUAGUUUACACAUACCCAGCAUUCCCUGGAGAGUAACCCUUUGCUGGCUGGUGGCUUCCUGCUCUGAGGCCUGUGUUGGGGGGGGGGGAGCAGUAAUGUUUACCGUGUCCCAUAUGAUGUAAUGCAGACAGAGGUGUGAUCCUGGGCGGCCGCCCCCGAGUUCACCCGGGGACUGUAUGUUCCUUUCCCCGCAGUCUUGUGGUAACUCGCUGUUCCCGUCGAGCGUCGCUUUCUCCUUCAUGUGAGGAUACGGCUUCUGAUUAACGCUUUGUGUGCUGCCGCCCCAGCUCUGUGCACGUGGUGCUACGUCCCUGACUGUUUACUCCUGCAGGUGUCUGAGGUGGUGACACGACCGGCCUCACUGUCUUAUGGGGUUCCACAGCAGAGGGAUGGAUAAAGGUCAUGUGUCCUUUCUUCCUGUGACCUGAGCUGCCCCCCUCCGGAUAAUUAGGUUCUGAAAUAUCACGACUGCUCUAGGACGGCAGAGUUUCCAGGUUCCAGGAAUGUUGCAGUCAAUCAAGAUGCUGCGGAAGAACAUGGUGGAGCUGCUGGCUCGAGGAGCGCCGAACCCCCCUUUACGGCUGUCAUUAUUGCUGCGGCUCCAAUCCACCUCUGCCACAGACCACCACCAUGUGGAGCUGGCCAGAGAGAGGUCCAAGACCGUCACCUCCUUCUACAAUCAGUCCAGCAUCGACAAGGCCGCAGAGAAGGCUUCUGUGCGUCUCACCCCCACAACAAUGCUGUACUCCGGACGGUCUCAAGAUGGCAGCCACAUCCUGAAAAGUGCCAGAUAUCUGUCCAAGGAGCUCCCUGUCCGCAUCGCGCAUCGGAUCAAAGGUUUCCGCAGCCUCCCAUUCAUCAUUGGCUGUAACCCAACCAUACUCCACGUGCAUGAGCUUUAUAUCAGUGCCUUCCACAAGCUGAGCGAGUUCCCUCCGAUCACAAACCAUGAGGUGGAGAGCCAGUACUGCAAACUUCUCCGGCAGCUGCUCGAUGACCACAAGGAUGUCGUGACUCAGCUGGCCGAAGGUCUGAGAGAAAGCCGGAGACAUAUACAGGAUGAGAAGGUGAUCAGAUUCUUCCUGGAUAAAACAUUAACUUCGCGACUGGGUAUAAGAAUGCUGGCCACCCACCACUUGUCCCUGCAUGAGGAUCAGACGGACUUUGUCGGUAUAAUCUGCACCCGUCUGUCGCCCAAGAAGAUAAUAGAGAAGUGGGUGGAUUUCGCCCGACGCCUCUGUGAACACAAGUAUGGGAACGCUCCGCGGGUGCGAAUAAACGGCCAUGUGGCGGCCCGCUUCCCAUUCAUCCCAAUGCCCCUGGAUUAUAUCCUCCCAGAGCUGCUGAAGAACUCGAUGCGGGCCACUAUGGAGAGUCACAUCGAUACUCCCUACAACGUCCCGGACAUCUCCAUCACCAUCGCCAACAACGACAUCGACCUGAUAAUCCGGAUCUCUGACCGCGGCGGGGGCAUACCUCACGACCACCUGGAGAGAGUUAUGGAUUACCACUUUACCACCGCGGAGACCAGCACUCAGGAUCCUAGAAUCACCCCGAUUUUGGGGAAUAUGGUUGACAUGGUGAACAGCGGCCAGUCUGGACCCAUGCAUGGGUUUGGGUUUGGUCUCCCCACCUCCCGCGCUUAUGCUGAGUACCUGGGUGGCUCUCUCUGUAUUCAGUCUCUUCAGGGCAUCGGUACGGAUGUGUACCUCCGCAUCAAGCACAUUGACGGGAAGGAGGAGAGCUUCCGUAUAUAAUGGUGGAAAGACGCAGCAGGCUGGCCUUUCUUCUCAAAGGCCCUCAGCCUGGUCACCUCAUGGACUUCAGGAAGAGCCUAAGCCCUCCACCUGUUUCUCCUGAGGGUCGCUCCUCACUGUUGGAGCUGGUGCUGGUGGCUGCUGCUUACUACCAGAAGACCCUUCAACAGCUCUGGCGUUGUAAACCUCGGAUUCUUGAGGAGACUUGUAUUUUACGGUAGUUAAAGGAUCGAAUCGUCGUGAGAUUCACCCCAGUGUCAAACAUUGAAUGGGUUCUAUGGAAUUAGACGCAAAUGAGAUUAAGGAACAGGUUAAAUGUCACCUGGAUACUCCUUGAGCUAAGGAGACCACCUCAUCUUCUUUUGUCAGCCACUCGCCUUCUGCUCGCAAGAAUUUUAGUUUAUUGAGGUGAUUGGAGCCAAAAAGCAGUAAUGAACAAUUCCUUUUCUGCAGCGGAGGUUCCCCGCGGCUCCCGUGUGGUCUUCUACAGCAGGAGUUCCCCGCGGCUCCCGUGUGGUCAGCUGCAGCGGAGGUUCCCCGCGGCUCCCGUGUGGUCUUCUGCAGCGGAGAUUCCCCGCGGCUCCCGUGUGGUCUUCUGCAGCGGAGAUUCCCCGCGGCUCCCGUGUGGUCUUCUGCAGCAGAGGUUCCCCGCGGCCCCCGUGUGGUCUUCUGCAGCGGAGGUUCCCCGCGGCCCCCGUGUGGUCUUCUGCAGCAGAGGUUCCCCGCGGCCCCCGUGUGGUCUUCUGCAGCAAGGGUUGCUUGUCCUAUGAUGUAACGUAUAGCACUUACUGUCCCCAUUACGCUGAUUGUCCAGGUGUCUUGCAGUAAUCAGAACCCGCUACUGUUCUCCUCUGAUUUUGUCCCCCUGUGUGGUUCUCGUGGAGAGGAUCUAAUAUUAUAUUUAGUGAUGCAGACUUUUUUUUUUUUUACUGUUUUUGUGUUCCAAGGGUUAAGUUCACAUUGUUGCCAUCAUUACUGGUUCAGCGUCGGUCCCGUUCAGCCGCUCGCCGUGUGUGUACGGAUCAUGCUCGUGGGUUCUUGAGAACUUGGCACCAGAAGUCACCUGUUGAGUACUUCGGGCCCCUGCGCUUACCUCCUCCAGGGCAGGACGCGGUCCUUGGUGUUGAUUUCUUCUACCAUAUGAACAUCUCGGCGGUAGCUCCUGUGACAAUCAUGUAUUAUUAUCUAUUAAAGGGGUUGCAACAUGAAAAAUAUUCUACACUUUUCAAACCAGCUCCUGGAGCGGAAUACUUUUGUAAUUGCAUGUAAUUAAAAAUGAAGUGCCGCCACUGA